CUGGCACCACACUGGUGGCACUUUGCAGGUGUUGGUCCUGCAAGAGUGAAGUAUUUGUUGGCGCGACAGAUGCCCUUGCUUUGUAUCCUUGGAUGCAAAUGGAUCAGUGAAUUUCUUUGAGCCUCAGUGGCCAUCUUUUUCAGAACGUUGCCUCCAAAGUGUAUCCUCCCUUUGGCCUGGAAGGUCUGUGGCUAUCCUGUACUACUGGGGUCUCUGCUUUCCAGUUGGAAGGAGACAACUGGGAGAGAGGAAGGGGCUGCUGGAAGAGAAGAAGAAGAAAAAAAGAGCUAAAGGAGGGUGUGCCCCUCCUAACUCCCCUCUUCCUCCCACUACUCUGUGGAUCCCCAUUUCUCCGUGAAGGUGUCCAGGACCGUUUCGACCCUGUCGCCCCCGGCUCCCCCCCGCCGCACCCCAGCCCCGAGCAUGGGGACGGCGCUGGUCCAGCGCGGGGGCUGCUUUCUCCUAUGCUUGUCACUGUUACUGCUGGGCUGUUGGGCAGAGCUGGGCAGCGGGCUCGAGUUCCCUGGCGCUGAGGGCCAGUGGACACGCUUCCCCAAGUGGAACGCAUGCUGCGAGAGCGAGAUGAGCUUCCAGCUGAAGACGCGCAGUGCGCGUGGCCUCGUGCUCUACUUUGAUGACGAGGGCUUCUGUGACUUCCUGGAGCUCAUUCUGACGCGCGGGGGCCGCCUACAGCUCAGCUUCUCCAUCUUCUGCGCUGAGCCCGCCACGCUGCUGGCAGACACGCCAGUCAACGAUGGCGCGUGGCACAGCGUGCGCAUCCGCCGCCAGUUCCGCAACACCACACUCUACAUCGACCAGGCCGAGGCCAAGUGGGUGGAGGUCAAGUCCAAGCGCAGGGACAUGACGGUGUUCAGCGGGCUCUUCGUGGGUGGGCUGCCCCCCGAACUGCGCGCCGCAGCCCUCAAGCUCACACUGGCCUCAGUGAGGGAGCGAGAGCCUUUCAAGGGCUGGAUCCGCGACAUCAGGGUCAACUCGUCGCUGGCGCUGCCCGUGGACAGCGGCGAGGUCAAGCUGGAUGACGAGCCACCCAACAGCGGCGGUGGGAGCCCGUGCGAGGCGGGCGACGAGGGCGAGGGCGGCGUGUGCCUCAACGGAGGCGUGUGCUCAGUGGUCGACGAUCAGGCUGUGUGCGACUGCUCGAGGACAGGCUUCCGCGGCAAGGACUGCAGCCAAGGUCUGGCGCACCUGAUGAUGGGCGACCAAGGAAAAGAAGAGUAUAUUGCCACCUUCAAGGGAUCUGAAUACUUCUGCUACGACUUGUCUCAAAACCCCAUUCAAAGCAGCAGCGACGAAAUAACCCUGUCCUUUAAAACGCUUCAGAGGAAUGGACUGAUGCUACACACAGGGAAAUCAGCUGAUUAUGUCAAUCUUGCCUUGAAAAAUGGAGCUGUCUCUCUGGUCAUUAAUUUGGGAUCAGGGGCCUUUGAAGCACUAGUGGAGCCCGUGAAUGGAAAGUUUAAUGAUAAUGCCUGGCAUGAUGUGAAAGUCACCAGGAAUCUGCGUCAGCACUCAGGCAUUGGACACGCUAUGGUAAACAAACUACAUUGUUCGGUGACAAUAUCAGUGGAUGGGAUUCUUACCACAACGGGCUACACGCAAGAAGAUUACACCAUGCUGGGGUCUGAUGACUUUUUCUAUGUUGGAGGCAGCCCCAGCACAGCCGACCUGCCAGGGUCACCAGUCAGUAACAACUUCAUGGGCUGUCUCAAAGAGGUUGUAUAUAAAAACAAUGAUGUAAGGCUGGAGUUAUCUCGACUUGCCAAGCAAGGAGAUCCUAAGAUGAAGAUCCAUGGAGUGGUGGCAUUUAAGUGUGAAAACGUGGCAACCUUGGACCCAAUAACUUUUGAAACUCCAGAAUCUUUCAUUUCUUUGCCUAAAUGGAAUGCAAAGAAAACAGGCUCCAUAUCAUUUGAUUUCCGUACAACGGAGCCAAAUGGCCUCAUCUUGUUUAGCCAUGGCAAGCCAAGACAUCAAAAGGAUGCCAAGCACCCACAGAUGAUUAAGGUUGACUUUUUUGCUAUUGAAAUGCUGGAUGGCCACCUGUACCUCCUCUUAGAUAUGGGUUCGGGUACUAUAAAAAUAAAAGCCCUGCAGAAGAAAGUGAAUGAUGGAGAAUGGUAUCACGUGGAUUUCCAGCGGGAUGGACGGUCAGGUACCAUUUCUGUCAACACACUGCGCACUCCCUACACCGCUCCUGGUGAGAGUGAGAUCCUGGACUUAGACGAUGAGUUGUAUCUGGGUGGCUUGCCAGAAAACAAGGCUGGCCUUGUCUUCCCCACCGAGGUGUGGACUGCUCUGCUCAACUACGGCUAUGUGGGCUGCAUCCGGGAUCUGUUCAUUGAUGGCCAGAGCAAAGACAUCCGGCAGAUGGCGGAAAUUCAGAGCACUGCUGGAGUGAAGCCAUCCUGCUCACGGGAGACAGCAAAACCGUGCCUUAGCAAUCCUUGCAAAAACAAUGGCAUGUGCAGGGAUGGCUGGAACAGAUAUGUCUGCGAUUGCUCUGGAACAGGCUAUCUCGGCAGGUCCUGUGAGAGAGAGGCAACGGUUCUGAGCUAUGAUGGGAGUAUGUUCAUGAAAAUUCAGCUCCCGGUGGUGAUGCACACUGAGGCUGAGGACGUGUCCUUACGGUUCAGAUCCCAGCGUGCAUAUGGUAUUCUGAUGGCAACAACCUCUCGAGACUCAGCUGACACCCUUCGGCUGGAGCUGGACGCAGGGCGUGUGAAACUCACGGUCAAUCUAGAUUGUAUCAGGAUUAACUGUAAUUCCAGCAAAGGUCCUGAGACCCUUUUUGCUGGCUAUAACCUCAAUGAUAAUGAAUGGCACACAGUGCGUGUGGUUCGCCGAGGAAAAAGUUUAAAGCUAACAGUGGAUGAUCAACAAGCCAUGACAGGGCAAAUGGCAGGUGACCAUACACGGCUGGAGUUUCAUAACAUAGAGACUGGCAUCAUCACAGAACGACGCUAUCUUUCUUCUGUCCCCUCCAACUUCAUUGGACACCUACAAAGCCUGACUUUUAAUGGAAUGGCAUACAUUGACUUGUGCAAAAAUGGAGAUAUAGACUACUGUGAGCUCAAUGCCAGGUUUGGCUUCAGGAAUAUCAUCGCAGACCCUGUCACCUUCAAGACCAAAUCGAGCUAUGUUGCCUUAGCUACAUUGCAAGCCUACACUUCUAUGCAUCUAUUUUUCCAGUUCAAGACAACAUCCCUAGAUGGACUAAUUCUAUAUAACAGUGGAGAUGGAAAUGACUUUAUUGUGGUUGAAUUAGUUAAAGGGUACUUACAUUAUGUGUUUGACUUGGGAAAUGGUGCUAACCUCAUCAAAGGGAGCUCAAAUAAACCACUCAAUGACAAUCAGUGGCAUAAUGUGAUGAUUUCAAGGGACACCAGCAAUCUCCACACUGUAAAAAUCGACACAAAGAUCACAACGCAAAUCACUGCAGGAGCCAGAAACUUAGACCUCAAGAGUGACUUGUAUAUUGGAGGAGUGGCUAAAGAAACAUACAAGUCCUUGCCCAAACUGGUUCAUGCCAAAGAAGGCUUUCAAGGUUGCUUGGCAUCUGUGGACUUGAAUGGCAGACUUCCAGAUCUCAUCUCAGAUGCUCUUCUCUGCAAUGGGCAAAUUGAAAGAGGAUGCGAAGUUGCAUUGAUGAAAGCUGACUUGCAAGGGCCCAGCACAACCUGCCAAGAGGACUCAUGUUCAAAUCAAGGCGUGUGCUUGCAGCAAUGGGAUGGCUUCAGCUGUGACUGUAGCAUGACUUCCUUCAGUGGGCCGCUCUGCAAUGACCCUGGGACAACAUAUAUCUUUAGCAAAGGUGGUGGACAGAUCACAUAUAAGUGGCCUCCUAAUGACAGACCCAGUACACGAGCAGACAGGCUGGCCAUAGGGUUUAGCACCGUUCAGAAGGAAGCAGUGCUGGUGCGAGUGGACAGUUCCUCAGGCCUGGGUGACUACCUUGAGCUGCACAUACACCAAGGAAAAAUUGGAGUUAAGUUUAAUGUUGGGACAGAUGACAUCGCCAUUGAAGAGUCCAAUGCAAUCAUUAAUGAUGGAAAAUACCAUGUAGUGCGUUUCACGAGGAGUGGUGGCAAUGCCACAUUACAGGUGGACAGCUGGCCAGUCAUCGAGCGCUACCCUGCAGGAAACAAUGAUAACGAGCGCCUGGCGAUUGCUAGACAGCGAAUUCCAUAUCGACUUGGUCGAGUAGUUGAUGAAUGGCUACUCGACAAAGGGCGUCAGCUCACAAUCUUCAAUAGCCAAGCAACCAUAAUAAUUGGCGGGAAAGAGCAGGGCCAGCCCUUCCAGGGCCAGCUCUCUGGGCUUUACUACAAUGGCUUGAAAGUUCUGAAUAUGGCCGCAGAGAAUGAUGCCAACAUCGCCAUAGUGGGGAAUGUGAGGCUGGUUGGUGAAGUGCCUUCCUCUAUGACAACUGAGUCGACAGCCACUGCCAUGCAGUCAGAGAUGUCCACCUCAAUCAUGGAGACCACCACAACCCUGGCUACCAGCACAGCUAGAAGAGGAAAGCCCCCCACAAAAGAACCAAUCAGCCAGACCACGGAUGAUAUCCUCGUGGCCUCAGCAGAGUGUCCCAGUGAUGAUGAGGACAUUGACCCCUGUGAGCCGAGCUCAGGUGGGUUAGCCAACCCCACCAGAGUCGGAGGCCGUGAACCAUACCCUGGCUCCGCAGAGGUGAUCCGGGAGUCCAGCAGCACCACGGGCAUGGUGGUGGGCAUUGUCGCAGCUGCUGCUCUGUGCAUCCUCAUCCUCCUCUAUGCCAUGUACAAAUACAGAAACCGGGAUGAAGGGUCGUACCACGUGGAUGAGAGUCGAAACUACAUCAGUAACUCAGCACAGUCCAACGGGGCCGUGGUCAAGGAGAAACAGCCCAGCAGUGCGAAAAGCGCCAACAAAAACAAGAAAAACAAGGAUAAGGAGUAUUACGUCUGAUCUCAAGAUUCGAAAAAGACACUUGUAUAGAAAUAGUCUUCAUUUUAUCUGAGACAUAAUAUAAACUUAUUUACUUUCCUUUUUAUGAAGCACAUACAAAAGAAGACAGGGAAUGCAAUCAGGAGGGAAAACUCUUUUUAAAAAACAAACAAGUAUCUCAUGCUCUUGUUUCUCAAAAAACGUAAAUUAAAAAGAUGAAAGAGAGAAGAAAGGAAGGAAAAAUACUAGAACAGAAAAAAAAAAAACAAAAAACAAAAAAACAAAACAAAACAAAACAAAAAAACAGGGGCCAAUAAUUCCCUAACAUCCGCAGUGUUUUCAUUUACUCUGCCUGUCUUUAUGUUGCUGGAACAUUCUAAAAGACGGUGAGGACCGCACGCAUUCAUAAAGCAAAGGAGUAUUACAUCGAGGCACAGCACAAAACCAA